AUGCCCCUCAUGAGAAUCCGCAGCGUCGAAAUAGUCUUCGAGGACGAAAUGUCCGCUUGCACCGACACCGCUCUACUGGACCGCAGCAUCGAACUCAUAGUCUCCGAUAGCGAUGACUCCACCAAAUGCGUCGACGAUUUGGAACACGCGAACGAAGGCAACGAGGACACAGCCACGCUUAACGCGGAAGGUGACUUGUCAGAUGAUAAUUCUGUGUCGAAAGACAAUAGUGGGGAGGUGGCCGAAACGAAAACCUCGCACGCGGAUGACAGCACCAAAGUCCAUGACGAAAGCGCGACCAUAGACGACAUAUCGCUAAACGUAUCAGAGGUCGUCGACUCCGGUCGCUUUACGGAAGACGCGAGCUCGUCACACUUGGAAACGGUGCCAAUUUUAGCUUACGAGGACGCUUUGCUCUCGCACUCCUUCGACGCUAUUACAGUAGACAAUGCUAUGACAACGUAUGAGAUAUCGGAUGACAGCUUCAGCAAACGUUCGGCACCAGAGGCAAGACUGUAUGAGUACAUCGACAGCGAUUCUGAUAGCUCGGAGGACACGGCCGUAUGCGACGCCGACGCGGCGAUACAACACUUGACAUCCUUCCACGACACCAUGACACCCGACGAACAUACCUUGUGUGACAGUUCCGACUUGCAGUAUGACUCUUUUAUAGAUAUGGGCAAAUUCUGA